AUGACCGGUGGAAUCCGCAAGUUGGACGAAAAUGUCGCCAGGGUCGUGGCCGCUGGGCCCUCUGUAAAAUGCAUCACGACUGCAAUAGACAUGCUUUUGAAGAACAGCGUAGAGUCAGGCGCCUCUGAGGUAGAAGUGGUCUUGGAUUUGGAAAAUGAUGCGUUUUCGGUGCGAGACAAUGGCUGCGGAAUGAGUGGUAGAGAUUUGCUCCAUUUCGGACAGCUUGGGUACUCUUCGAAAUCUGCACGGACAUCGGUGUUUCGGCACCAUGGCCGCAGCGUUUACGAUAUUUCGUGCAUGGCAAAAGUCACAACGCUCACUAGACUCUGUGGUGAAAGCUCAGCUUGGUUGAAAAAACCUACAGGAGAGAUCGAAAAAUGCGACUGUACGCUGUCUGUUGGCACGUCGAUCAUCGUUACCGACUUUUUUUACAACGUACCAGUUCGACGCAAGGCUUUCAAGGCAAUGUCUCCUAAUGCUAUCUACGAGGAAAUCAGGUUUCUGGUGUUUGACCAGCUUGUGCUACAUUCAGAUUUGCAAGUCCAUGUCACUUCCGCGAGUCUGCUCGAAAACGGCUUUACGAUACUCGAAACCCCAAGCGUGGAUAAGGAGUCCCCAGAGACUGAUAAGAUUUCGCGUUGUUUAUUCGGUGCUUUUGAUCUGCCCAGCAGCGACUAUUGUCUGAAGCCCGUUAGUGCUAAAUUCAAGGAAUUUACGAUAGAUGGGAUGAUUUCGACCAGACCGAGUCCCAGCAAGCAGUUUCAGCUCCUAUACAUCGACGGCGAAAGAUGCCGAGAUUCAGUCAUACUCAAACCAAUUCUCCACCUGUUGUCAAAUGCGAGGUCUCAAUUAACAGGAAAUAAGCGGGAUUCGUGCCGGCAAAUAUUCCCAUUUGUGCUCAAAUUUUCGACGUGUCUUGGGACAAACGACACGUACACCCAAACGCCAAAGCAUAGUUUUGGUGCCGAGAGUGUUUUACAUUCGUUGGUCGCUAAAAUAGUCAAUACAUUAUUCAAGUUAGAAGUGAGCUCACCACGGAAGCGUACGAUUUCGCAACGAGAUGUUGAUACCAAAAGGCCUCAUUCCUGUGGAAUGUUACUGGAUGCUCCACUGACGUUGCUUACGAAUUUCAAAAGAUCUGUGCUUCAAACAUUUUCAGCUGUCAAUCAAGUCGACAGAAAAUUUAUUUUGCUACGAACAACUAAAGAGGUCCCUCCCAGUCACCCAGCUUUGAUCCUUAUGGACCAGCACGCAUGCGAUGAGAGAAUCAAAUUUGAAUCAAUGCUCAAAGACUUUAUAUGCGGGCUGGCGCUGUCGCCGCAUGCGUUAUCUGUGAACUGUCAGGUUCAUGUAACAGUGACACCUCGCGAGUACCAGAACAUCGAGGAAUACCACGAUGAAUUUGCCAAGUGGGGGCUGCGAUACACUGUUAAAGCUUCAAGCAGAACAUCUCAGCAAAUUGGGAUUGAGAUAACCGGGGUACCAAAACUUCUGCGACAAUGCUCAAAAAAAACCAUAAAAGAAGUGCUGUUGAAGCACGCAGACGACUUGCGGAUGUUCAGAAAGACUUGCGUGGGUACUGCAUUUGGGACUAAAGAUUUCACGUGGUGGGAAUAUAUCAAGUGCAUGCCUUCAGUUUUAAUCGAGAUCCUUCGCGGUCGAGCGUGCCGAUCUGCCAUUAUGUUUGGCGAGGAGCUUUCGGUUUCAGAGUGCGAGUUGCUAGUGACCGAUUUGCAAAAAUGUCGAAAUCCAUUGUACUGCGCGCACGGGCGACCCUCAUUGGUACCAAUUACAGUUGGUUUUGGGACUGAAGACCGUGCGUUUAACUCCGAUUAUCUUAUAGAGCCUGCUUAG